UUAAUUCGUCGAAAGUUCAGUAUGUUGUUGCACAUUGAGAGUCUUCUAUAAUAUAUUAUAUUCUAAGUUUUAUCGACUAGUCACAUAAUUAAAUAUUGUUUUAUACAAUAUUACUUCUGUUACUAUAGAAUAGAUCAGAAAAUUUGCUAUGAGUCUUAACCAAAAGAUAAAUAAUGAUCAUUAUUCAAAUGAGUAUUCAAGGAUAAGAAAAUUAACUAGUAGAUACGAUAUAAGAACACAUUCUAAUGAAUUCGGGUUGACAGAAGAUCAAGUUGCAGAAUUUAAGGAAGCAUUUAUGUUGUUUGAUAAGGACCAUGAUGGAAAAAUAACAGAGGCAGAAUUAGGUGUCGUAAUGAGAUCCUUAGGGCAGAGACCAACUCAAUCUGACUUACGAGGGAUGGUUAAUGAAGUUGAUCAAGAUGGUAAUGGAAGUAUUGAAUUUAAUGAAUUUCUUCUUAUGAUGGCUCGGAAAUUAAAGGUAUCAGACGGUGAAGAAGAAAUGCAUCACGCAUUUAAUGUAUUUGAUAAAAAUGGUGACGGUUUUAUAACAUUUGAUGAGUUGAAACGUGUCAUGUUUAGUAUUGGAGAACGGCUUACUGAUGAAGAAAUUGAAGAUAUGAUUAAAGAAGCGGAUUUAAAUGGAGAUAAAAAAAUUGAUUACAAUGAAUUCAUAACCAUAAUAACAUCGAAAAAGUAAAAUGUGACAUAUGAACAAUAUAUUUCAUUUCGCUUAUGACUACUUAAUAUUAAGACGUUAAUAAAAAUGUUCUAAUUUAUUUUAUUAUCUGUAUAUUUCAAUAAUUCUUAGAAUUACUUUGAGAAAAUUUCUCAGCUGAUAAAUCCCAUCUUUGAACCCAUAAAAAUUUUUUUGGCAAAAAUGUCUAACCUUAGAAACAAUUACGUAAGUAUAUGGAAGAGUAUAAAGAAGCAUAUUAUGUUGUAAUAUAUGGGAUUUUCACAAUCACUAUAAUAUUGAAAGUAAAAUAAAAAUUCAUCUUAAGAAGAUCAUAAGAAAAUUAAUAUAGAGCUCUCUAAAAUAAAUUCUUCGUAGGUCACAAAUUUAUAUAUAAUUUACAAAUAAAUAUAGUUAACUAUUUUUUAUAGUUGGUUCGACCAUAUGAAUAUUAUUCCUAGUUAAAUAGUUGUUUUGUCUCUAUAUUAAUCAUAACUUUUUAUUUGAAUAACUAUAUAGUUUUUUUACGUGUUUAAGUAGAUUUUUAAAUGUUUUUUUUUUAAACAUUAUAGGUAUAUAUUAUAUGUAAAUAAGUAAAAUAAUAAAUUCUUUUCAAACAUA